UCCCACCGCUUAAGCUCCAAGUUAUAUUAUAUAUCUCCUCCAGACUUUCGUCGUCGGCCCUGGCAGCCAUAGCCACCGCCAAACCAAUCGCUCGAAUCUAAACCCUUCCCGCUCCCUUCUCUCUCUCUCUCUCAUACUUUCUCUGCGCUUGAAUCGCAGCAUCCCUACCAUGACUCGCGGAAAUCAGCGGGAAAAGGAUCGCGAAAGAGCUCAGUCUCGCAACCCUAAGGGCGGCAAGGGCAAAGACGAUGGCUUGACCCCUGAACAGCGCCGCGAGAGGGACGCCAAGGCUCUGCAGGAGAAGACGGCGAAGAAAGCGGCACAGGCCGCCGGGGGAGAAUCUUCCGGAGGUAAAGCGAACGCCAAGAAAUAAAAACUAGGGCUUUGAUCGGAUAACUAUUUGUUUGUUUGAUCUUUUUUUAACCAUGAGUACGAAUUGAGUUCUGGAGCUUCUUAUAUCCAAGCCCUGCCUUUGUGUACACUAAUUUAAUAAGUGGAGAGCUAUGAAGCCUGAGGUCCGUUUUUGUGUUGAUGGUGGAUGUGGCGUUGAUUUUUCAGCUCCUGUUUUUUGCUUGAACUGGUUGAUAGUCCGUCUCAAAUUGGAAAGCUGAAUCGAAAUGUCUUGCAAACCAGAAGCGAUUGUUGCGUAGAUAUGCAGAAUGGGAGUGCUGGAUUCUAAAUUCGAUUCAACGCAUUAGUUAUGGUCUCAUGCAUCAUGCUGUCAUGAUUGUCUAUGUGCUCACACAAGUAGUUUCGAUUGCCAUACUGAUAUUACUCUCUGUGUGU